GCAAAAGGCCCCAGCUGGGCCAGGGCUGACAAACUAGGCUUGGCCUCUGCUCGUAGUGGCCACUACUCCUCAAGCCUCAGCUGGCACCAUGAGCGGCAGAGUUGGAGACCUGAGCCCCAAGCAGGCAGAGACCCUGGCCAAGUUCCGAGAAAAUGUCCAGGACGUGCUGCCUGCCCUGCCCAACCCUGAUGAUUACUUCCUUCUGCGCUGGCUCCGAGCUCGGAAUUUCGAUCUGCAGAAAUCAGAGGCCAUGCUCCGCAAGUACAUGGAGUUCCGGAAGACCAUGGACAUUGACCACAUCCUUGAUUGGCAGCCCCCAGAGGUGAUUCAGAAAUAUAUGCCUGGGGGCCUGUGCGGCUAUGACCGUGAUGGCUGCCCCGUGUGGUAUGACAUCAUUGGGCCGCUUGACCCCAAAGGGCUGCUCUUCUCCAUCACCAAGCAGGACCUGCUCAAAACCAAGAUGAGGGACUGCGAGCGCAUCUUGCAUGAGUGUGACCUGCAGACAGAGAGGCUGGGGAAGAAGAUUGAGACCAUCGUGAUGAUAUUUGACUGUGAGGGCCUGGGACUGAAGCACUUCUGGAAACCUCUGGUGGAAGUGUACCAGGAGUUCUUUGGCCUCCUUGAAGAGAAUUACCCAGAGACUCUGAAGUUCAUGCUCAUCAUAAAAGCCACCAAACUGUUCCCUGUGGGCUACAACCUCAUGAAACCAUUCCUGAGUGAGGACACUCGCAGGAAAAUAGUAGUGUUGGGAAAUAACUGGAAGGAAGGUUUGCUGAAACUCAUCAGUCCUGAGGAACUGCCUGCCCAGUUUGGGGGGACCCUGACUGACCCAGAUGGGAACCCCAAAUGUUUAACCAAGAUCAACUACGGUGGGGAGAUCCCCAAGUCCAUGUACGUGCGGGACCAGGUGAAGACACAGUACGAACACUCAGUGCAGAUCAACCGCGGCUCCUCGCACCAAGUGGAAUACGAGAUCCUGUUUCCGGGCUGUGUCCUCAGGUGGCAGUUCUCAUCUGAUGGUGCAGACAUCGGCUUUGGGGUUUUCCUGAAGACCAAGAUGGGGGAGCGGCAGAGGGCUGGGGAGAUGACGGAGGUGCUGCCCAGCCAGCGCUACAACGCCCACAUGGUGCCCGAGGACGGGAGCCUCACCUGCUUGGAAACUGGCGUCUAUGUCCUGCGCUUCGACAACACCUAUAGCUUCGUCCACGCCAAGAAGGUCAGCUUCACAGUGGAAGUGCUGCUCCCGGACGAGGGCAUGCAGAAAUAUGACGAGGAGCUCACCCCUGUCUAGGUGGUUCCCUCCCUUCUCAGAGACCCCUGAUCUUCUGCUUUCUCUAUAUAUCCUACUCGCCCCCCCGCCACAAAUUGAUCAUUAGUUCUUCUGUCUCUGUGAUGUUAACAAGUACAGAAAUAGCUGCCCUGGGGAAGACUCAUCCGCUGUGGUCAGAUCAGGAAAGGCAUGAGAGGCACGGCCUUGGAGGGUAGAAAAGUUACAGAAGAGAAAGAAUCAAGGGUAAAGACAAGAGGUGGAUGUCACUGGAAUUCAAGAAAUAGGAAAAUGAAUCCCUGAGCCUUGGUCCUCACCUAUCCUAAGGUUUUUGCAUGUGCUUGAAUUCCUUCCCUAUGAGCUAUGAGCAACUUGGGUUGGAGACAUAUCUACAUCCUUUUUACUUCCACUCUCUAUAUAGUUGAUGCUCGGUGUGUACUUGUGGAGCUGGAGGACCAGAAGGUAGGGAGCAGGUGAUCCAUGGGUGUGCGUGAGGAGCAGCAGCCAGCGUGGGGUGGAUUUCAGCACCUUGGACAGGGGCAGAGGCAUGGCAGGGAAGGACUCUCUGGGAGAACCAGGCCAUCCAGCCUCCAGAUUUCUGGCACUGGCUGCCUCUUGGGGGCCCCAGCCACGAAGACCACGUGCCUCUCACAGGAGAUGCCUACACCUGGCUUUAUGUGACCCAUAGCGCUCAGGUCGCCACCUCUAUCACCCCCACCUGCACCCCCUUCCCUUGGAGCUCAUCGCUUAUGUUUUAAAUAAUUAAAGGAACUUUCCUGGAAGUAAAGGAAGUCACAUCUGGC